AUGAUCGAUGAUGACACGAAUGACAUGGCUCGCCGUCGCGUGCAAAUCCGAUUCCUUCACGACUACUUUCAGUGUACAUUCGUCUUGGUCGUCCAGACGGAAAUGGAUCAGUGGGUCGAGCAAGCAUGUAUCUUGUCCGAUUUCCUUCUCCUAAACAUCUUGGAGUUUUUCAACUACGAUACCCGCCAAGUUACCAGUACUAUUGCCGAGUUUACACAGCUUCUUGCCCCGAUCUUUAAUACGGAUGUCACCUCUCGCGUUAAAGCUGGCAUGCAGUCAUUUGAUGAUUCGGUUGGACUUCCUUGCUCAGACGACUCCAUCGCCCAGAACACAAUGGACGACUGGUUCCGGGUGAUCAUUUGGGGUCUCUACCAGCUGAACGAGAUGCGAGAAACCACCCAUGCCGACGCAGCAGACGAAGACAAUAUGAAUGCAACUACUUGCCACAUUUCACAUCCGUGGCAAAACGGUCCUAGAGGCUUCGGCCCCCAAUCUCAAGACCUGGCAGCUGAGCUGCACUAG